UUUCCGCCUAUUUGCCGAGCGCGUGUGAAGUAGGUGGCCAUUUGGCGCGACGCGCUGACCAUCUGCCGGCGAUAACCACCAUCUGCUUCGUUCGAGAGGGUGAGAAGGGCUGAGGCAACAUCCUUUGGCAAAAGCAAUGGGUAAGGAAAAGAUCCACAUCAACAUUGUUGUGAUUGGCCAUGUGGACUCUGGCAAGUCCACCACCACUGGGCAUUUGAUCUACAAAUGUGGUGGCAUUGACAAGAGAACCAUUGAGAAGUUUGAGAAGGAAGCUGCUGAGAUGGGCAAGGGGUCCUUCAAGUAUGCCUGGGUGUUGGACAAGUUGAAGGCUGAACGUGAACGUGGUAUUACAAUUGACAUUUCUCUCUGGAAAUUUGAAACCAGCAAGUAUUAUAUUACCAUUAUUGAUGCACCUGGUCACAGAGAUUUCAUUAAAAACAUGAUUACUGGUACUUCUCAGGCUGACUGUGCUGUAUUAAUCGUUGCGGCUGGUGUUGGUGAAUUUGAAGCUGGUAUAUCUAAAAAUGGCCAGACUCGGGAGCAUGCUCUUCUGGCCUACACGCUGGGUGUGAAACAGCUCAUUGUUGGAGUGAAUAAGAUGGAUUCUACUGAACCCCCAUAUAGCCAAAAACGAUAUGAAGAGAUUGUUAAAGAAGUCAGCACUUAUAUCAAGAAAAUCGGUUACAAUCCAGACACUGUAGCAUUUGUACCGAUCUCUGGCUGGCAUGGUGACAACAUGCUGGAGGCUAGUUCUAAUAUGACUUGGUUCAAAGGUUGGAAGAUCAACCGUAAGGAAGGUAAUGCUAAUGGAGUAACUUUGUUGGAGGCUUUAGAUUCUAUCCUCCCACCACAACGGCCAACAGAAAAACCUCUUCGUCUUCCUCUGCAAGAUGUCUACAAAAUUGGUGGUAUUGGUACUGUACCAGUGGGUCGUGUUGAAACUGGUAUUCUGAAACCUGGAAUGGUAGUUACAUUUGCACCUGUAAACGUGACAACAGAAGUAAAAUCUGUUGAAAUGCACCAUGAAGCCCUGACUGAAGCUAUGCCGGGUGACAAUGUUGGCUUCAAUGUUAAAAAUGUAUCUGUUAAAGAUGUUCGCCGUGGCAAUGUUGCUGGGGAUAGCAAGAAUGACCCACCGAUGGAAGCUUCCAACUUCGUUUCACAAGUAAUCAUUUUGAACCACCCAGGACAGAUUGCUGCUGGUUAUGCUCCUGUCUUGGAUUGCCAUACUGCUCACAUUGCUUGCAAGUUUGCUGAGCUAAAAGAGAAGAUUGACCGUCGCUCUGGAAAGAAGCUAGAAGACAACCCCAAAUUUCUGAAGUCUGGGGAUGCUGCCAUUGUGGAAAUGAUUCCUGGGAAGCCCAUGUGUGUUGAGAGCUUCUCUGAAUACCCACCUUUGGGUCGUUUUGCAGUUCGUGACAUGAGACAAACUGUAGCGGUUGGUGUCAUCAAAGCUGUUGAGAGAAAGGCUACUGGUGCUGGCAAAGUAACUAAGUCUGCCCAAAAAGCUCAGAAAAGCAGAUGAAUUCGAGAUUUGUCGGUUGCCACUACUUCAGCCUCCGCAGUUGGAAGCCCAGGUUUAGAGUGGAUGAUCACAGUUUACCAUUUAAGCUCCAUAAUAAAAGACUGGUUAAUCAAAAUGCAUCGUAAAUACUUCCGAAGGAAAGGAUUGUGGACCAUUUCAUUAAUCUACGUUGUAGCAGUUUUAAGUUAUUAGUUUUAAAAGCUGUACUUUUAAGUGAAAACCAACGCCUUGACAAUUCUGUCAUAGAAAUUAAAGCUGUUAAACAUGA